AUGACAACCCCGAAAGUGCCUUCUCCUGCUUUCCUCGCCUUGCCCGCUUUUCCGUCUCGCCUUCGCUCGCAAACCUCCCGCACCUGCUUGAGACGCCCGAGCCACCCCCUGCGCGUGCCCCCACGAUCGGUCGUCCAGGUCGGUUCGGAGCCGUUUCAUGCCACCGUUGAUCCGUUGGGCGACGCCCGCUUCACGCCUUCGGAUGGAGAGACCUUUCACGCGCGUGCCAAGAGCUUGAGUGCCGCGGGCGUUCUGCCGGACCAUGUGUCCACCACCUUGUUGCAUUGGUAUGGUUCCUAUCGGAAAGCUGUCGAAAAUAACAAGCGCUUCACAGGGGAUGCCACCGAGUUCACGGAAAAUAUGUUUUCUACCUUGCUCGAGCUGGCCCGCCGCGCCAUCUGCUCACCCAUUGAAUUUGGCCCGUACCAUGAACGGAUACGGCAGCCUUUUGACUACUACAAGUUUGGUUUUGACUUCGCCUCCAUGCUGCUAAAUCCUGACGACAGUACCGUUCUAGGCCGUGACAGCAUCGCGGAGGCUGUCGAGUACGCCCGUCAGGGACACAAUAUUAUCUUUUUGUCCAAUCAUCAAUCGGAGGGCGACCCAUAUGCAAUUGAUGCCUUGUUCGCAUGGGUUGCUGGGUGUCACCGCACGUUCUGCGAGGAAAUCAUCUUUAUGGCGGGCGAUCGCGUCACUAAUGAUCCUGUCGUGUCUCCAUUUUCUGCCGGCCGAAAUCUCCUCACGGUUUAUUCGAAAAAGCACAUCAAUGAUGUUCCGGAGCUUCGUGAGGAGAAGCUGCUUCACAACCGACGCACCAUCGCCACCACUGCAAAGCUUUUUAAACAAGGUGGAAAGGUCCUCUGGUUUGCUCCUUCCGGCGGUCGCGACCGUCGAUCUACGGAUACUGCCCGAGUCGAGGUAUCCAAGUUUGAUGAAGGCGCUGUCGAUAUGAUGCGCUUCACCGCCAAUAAGUCGGGCGUCCCCUGCCACUUUUAUCCAAUGUCUCUAUGGACGUAUGACAUGCUUCCACCGCCGACCAGUGUGGGAGGUCCAAACUUCGGCGAGGAGCGCGUCGCUAAUCACAUUCCCAUGCACAUGUAUGUCGGGAAGGAGAUCGACUGGAGUAACGCGGUGGAGGCACAAGACAAAAUAGGCCGGCGAGUAGCCCGUUGCAAUUACGUGCAGGACAUCGUCGUAGAUGGAUAUCGAGCCAUUGGGGGGUAUGAUCGCUAG